AUGAGGAAUGGCACGGAUCCUGAAGCUGCUGAGGUUAUGUCCUGGAUAAGAAUAGGUGAAUCCGUUGAGUCUAUUGUUUCGUACAUUGAGUCGAGGUCUAGGGCUGUAGUUGUGACUCAGAGACUCGUCGGUGUAAACCACCAAGCCAAAAGCAAAUUCAUCGAAACACUCUUCGACAGAGCAGAAUGGCUCGACGGUACAACCUUUGAAGCCGAAGACAUCAACAUCGACCUAGGCUCCCGCACAAAGAGCUACUUCUCCUCCUACCACUUCGGCAACCUCCCCUUCUCCAGCGGUAUAAAAGCAAACCACUAUCCCGCCGCCGCCCAGCAGAGCCAAUUACAGAACUACUACGCCACGCACAACUGGGCCAUGAUGACAGCCAACGACGGACAUGGCGUUGAUUCUGUGACAAAGGCUUGGGCGGACACGCUCAAGAAGGCGAGACAGCUGGUUACAGAGGGUGCGAAGCCUGAUGACCUGACGGGGACGUUUCCGUGUGUGGCGGCACUGUUUGAUAAGGAUGAGUAUGAGAAUGCGCCGAUGAUAAGUAAAUGGGCUGUUCAGUUCAUUUAUAGUGCGAGGAGGCAGGAUUACGCUUUUACGUCUAUGGCGGCGGUGUGGGUUGUUUGGGUUGUGAUGAGAUGGCAGAUAAAUCCGACUCCACAGACAUAUGCUGACCUCCCUGACUGGAUCCGGCCAACAGAACUCCAAGUCUUCGUCCCCCACAUCGACAUGCUGGACUGUAUAUCAUGGCCGUACUUCCGAGACUACGUAAUCCAACAUCCUGAAAUGCAACACGGCGAAUUACAAUGGCUCGCGGCGUGUACCUCCGGAGUACAAGUAAAAUGGGACGGUACAAUAGAGGAUGCGCUCUGUAUUGACGGUCCGACGGGACGGAAACGGUUCACAGCGGAAGCUGAGGCAACGAUUAGGGAUCUGCAGAAAUGGUCACUUGCUGCAUCGUAUCGCGCUUUCAUGCCUGGCAUCGAUGGUCAGAUACCUAUCAGAACGGCAGAGGACGCUGGCGUUCAACAGGUGUAA